AUGGAGCCAAACCCCACCUUGCUUGCUCCUCAGGCCCGAACCUGCUCCCACCUGGCAGAGCCCUGUAGGAAGGGCGCCAGAAGCCCGUGUCCCCAAGAGCUGGGGGAAGAUUACCCCUUUCGCUGGAGCCAGGUGCCCAGCACGAGCCUGGCCGACCCCAGCUGCCUUGAGGACGAGCAUGUCCAGGCCAAGAGGGCCAGGGUGGAGACCAUCGUCCGAGGCAUGUGUCUCUCCCCAAGCCUUCAGUCAGGCAGCGCCCCGGUGGGGGCUAGCCCAGGCUGCCCAGGGAAGGCCCGGGACCGGAGGAGGAAGCAGCGCCUCCCCACGCAGCAAGGCCCCCCGACAGCCCCGGGCAGUGGGAGGAGGCGCCCUGGGGUGAGAGCCGAGCUCCACCUGCUGCAGCAGCAGUUGGAACGCCUGCAAGGGCAGGUCCUGCAGGCCGAGAGGGGACCAGGUCCCCGGAGCGUCCAGCAGAGGGGUGGUUGCGGGCCCCACGUCCUCCCCUGCCAGGGUCCCCACAAGGACCUGUCUGGGGCAGAUGGGCACGGAGUGUCUGAGGACCAACACUCACCCGCGCAGCCUGGGUUCCUUCCUUCCCCAGUGUGGGCUUCCCUGGAGAUUCUAAGGCGGGAACUGACCAGGGCCGUGUCCCAGGCUGUGGACUCUGUACUACAAGAGGUAUUGCUGGACCCACCAGGCCCCCCGGCCAGGCUGGGCAGAAGCUUCCAGGGGCUGCUGGAGGGCCACAGUGAGCCCUCGCCCCCUGGGGUGAGUGCCUGCAAAGACGCGCUCCCUCUGGCUGUCUUGCCUGGGAGGGUCCAGCCACAAAUUGGGGUCCCACUGGGAAACCUCCCAAAGACCAAGCCUCUAGAUUCUCCCAGGUACCCCAUCCCUCCACAAAUGAACCUCAGACGCUACCAGAGUGCCCCAGCAAACUGUCCCUUAACUGCGCCUUCCCACAUUCAGGAAAACCAGAUUGCUAGCCAGCUACUGGGCCACGGGCCCAAUAGCCACUGGGGCGGUGGUGGUCCCCAGGACUCACCUUCGCAAAGUCACCCGUCCUCAGAGACUGCCCUGAGGCCCUGGGGAGCAGCCAGGCUGCAGCCAUCGCUUGUAAGCCCGGCACGGUGCCCCCUGCCUCUCGCCUCUGCCCCUCUGGAACGUCUGCCCCUCUUGCCCUCUGUGAAGAUGGAGCAGAGCGGCCGGCGGGCUGUCCUGGAGACCCUUCCUUUCUCUUCGGUCCACAUCCAGGAGGGCCUAAACCCUGGUCACUUGAAGAAGGCCAAACUGAUGUUUUUCUUCACGCGCUACCCUAGCUCCAGCCUCCUGAAGGCCUAUUUCCCUGAUGUCCAGUUCAGCCGCUGUAUCACCUCCCAGAUGAUCAAGUGGUUCAGCAACUUCCGCGAGUUUUAUUACAUCCAAAUGGAAAAAUUCGCCCGGCAAGCAAUUUCAGAUGGCAUCACCAACCCCAAAGUCCUGGUGGUUCCCCGUGAUUCAGAACUUUUCCGAGCGCUCAACAUGCACUACAACAAGGGAAAUGACUUUGAGGUCCCAGACUGCUUCUUGGAAAUCACCAGCUUGACAUUACAGGAGUUCUUCAGGGCUGUCUCCGCAGGGAAAGACUCAGAUCCUUCCUGGAAGAAACCCAUUUAUAAAAUUAUUUCGAAACUGGACAGCGACAUCCCAGAGAUAUUCAAAUCUUCCAGCUACCCCCAGGAGCUGUUUCGGAGUUAA